GGAGUAUUGGAGAAAUAAGCAAAAUGCCGGAAAAGUGCCUUGAUUUUGCCAAAGGAAACCAAAGAGAGAAUUCCAUUGGUGUGAGUUCGAGCGACAGCGCCAAUAGUGUGUACAACUGUAAACAGGGAACUACUGUUAGCAGAUCGAAUUGCAUCCCAACGAAAUCACCAGAACAAAUCAAUUUCAAAAGUAAUCAUUACAAGCCAAAAGUAGACAGUGAAAGCCGCCGUCAUUCAGUGGACAGCGCAAGUUCUAUAUUCGAGACGAAAACGGGUUGUUGUUGUCCGAAUCAUUCAGAAGUUUCGAGAUUGUGUUGGAAAACAAAACGAAAACAAUUAAUUCGAGAAAGUUCGCAUGCUUCUGGUUUAACUAUUAAUGGUAUGUAA